UAAAGCGUUUCUUCUAUCUCCAAAAUCGUCAACGAGAGGAAGAGAGAGAGAGACUCAAAACCCUAUAGCCAGCAAGUCUCAGAUCGGCCAUGGCUUCCACCAAAGAACGGGAGACGUUCGUAUACAUCGCCAAGGUUGCCGAACAAGCUGAACGUUAUGAUGAAAUGGUGGAAUCUAUGAAGAAAGUAGCAGAGCUUGAUGUUGAAUUGACAAUAGAGGAGCGAAAUUUGCUUUCUGUUGGAUACAAGAACGUGGUUGGUGCUCGAAGAGCUUCAUGGAGGAUUCUAUCAUCCAUUGAGCAGAAGGAAGAGUCGAGAGGGAAUGAGGUGAAUGCAAAACGGAUCAAAGAGUAUAGACAGAAGGUUGAAUCUGAGUUGUCAAGCAUUUGCAAUGAUAUCAUGACUGUGAUUGAUGAUCAUCUAAUUCCCUCUUGCACCGGGGGAGAAUCCACUGUAUUUUUCUAUAAAAUGAAAGGUGAUUACUAUCGAUACUUGGCUGAGUUUAAGAUGAGCAAUGAUAAGAAAGAAGUGGCUGAUCUUUCUCUGAAAGCAUAUGAGGCAGCCACUACUACUGCUGAGUCUGAUUUGCCUCCCACACAUCCCAUCCGAUUGGGGUUAGCGUUGAAUUUCUCAGUUUUCUACUAUGAGAUUAUGAAUUCUCCUGAAAGGGCUUGUCAUCUUGCAAAGCAAGCUUUUGAUGAAGCCAUCUCUGAACUUGACUCUCUAAAUGAAGACUCCUACAAGGAUAGUACCUUAAUUAUGCAGCUUCUAAGGGACAACCUAACACUAUGGACCUCUGACAUCAAUGAGGAUGGAGAAGAAACGAGGUAUGAAGCUGCUGCUUCUAAAGCUGGAAAUGUUGAUGAUGAAUGAAUCUGAUAGCAACAGGUCGAGCCCAUUUGAACAUUUGCACGAAGGGCGGGUACUGUUUUCUUCUGUGAUUUUUUUUUUCAGUUGGCAUAUGAUUAGUGAUUGUGUUUGAUUUCAUAUCAUUGAACUUUAUAUGUACUUGUUCCUCAGCCUGCCUUUAUUAUGAUAUAGUGUGUAAUUUUAGAACAGUGAGAAGUUUGACUUGCUUCCUUAUUCUCGCUUGUGGAUGGUGCCUUGCA